UGGCGGACAGCGGCUCCAGAUUCGGAUCAUAAUUUUUCGAAGCUUUGUUUUUAAACCUGAGGAUUUCUGCAGCCUCUUCUUCUUCAGGAGCAUCCUCUGCCCGGAGCCUGAACACACCUCCUCUGGAGCCCGGAGCCUGAACACAUCUCCUCUGCAGCCCGGAGCCUGAACACACCUCCGCUGCAGACCACCUCAGCUGUGGCUCGGACCCUCCUGAGCAGGGGCAUUCAACUCUGACCCUCCUGAGCAGGGGCAUUCAACUCUGACCCUCCUGAGCAGGGGCAUUCAACUCUGACCCUCCUGAGCAGGGGCAUUCAACUCUGACCCUCCUGAGCAGGGGCAUUCAACUCAAACUCAACGAGGUCCAGUUAGAGAAAAGGACUCAAACAGCGUGCCGAUGAGCAGCCGCAGGAAGAAGGCCCCCCCGCUGCGGGUGGGCUGCGAGGCCAAAAAGAAGCUUGACUGGAACAUGCUGGAGGAUCGGAAGUGUGAAGGGGAAGAAAACAAUAACAACCCCCCCACCUGCUCCUCACCCCCCCCCCAUCACUCCCUCUCUCCCCCCUCCUCCAGAGACUUCCUGUCCCCCCCCCACCCUCUCCAUCACCCUCUCCAUCCUCCCCGUUGAAACGUCUCCCCCAGUUUGGACUGCUUUAAUCGGGGAGUUCAUCCUGAGUCCCGCCCCCGACUGUGGGAGGGGAACUCUCCUUCUGAUGAUAAACAGGGAGGGGCCGCUGUCCAUCAGAUACACAGCAGGGGGGGGGGCCAUGCAGGAGGAGGGUCAUGUGACCUGCAGUAGUCUGGGGGGGGUCAGCCUGCAGGAUCUGGACUGGAUGCAGAAGAGGAGCCUCGUUCAGCUGAUGCACCGCCAGGAAGAGGGAGGGGUCAAGGUGGGGGUUUACCUGCUGGAGGCGGGACUUGUGAAGCCGGAGUUCCUGAGUGGAGGAAACGCCCGCAUGAAGAAAGCCAAUCAGCUGAUGCAGAAACUGAUGGAGUAUUUCUACGACUUCAUCAUCCCCGAGGUGGUGGAGGGGGAAGAGUUAGAGUGUGACACGGAUCUGGAGAGGCAGAACGUGGAGGAGAUGUACGAACACGUGAGGCUGCAGCACCAGAGCGAGGGCGUCGGGGGGGAAAUCUACGACGUCCAGCACCAGGCCCUGAUCCCCGUCCUCAGACCCUAUCAGAGCCAGGCCGUCAACUGGAUGCUGAGCAGAGAGAAGUACAGGAGCAGCCAGGACACAGAGCAGAGUCUGCACUUCCUCUGGAGGGACUUCAUCUCUCUGUGUGGGAAGAAGCUGUUCUACAACCCGUUCACCGGCUG